GUAUUUGUUUACUACUACUUUCUCUCUGUCUUCUCAGCCACAGCUCACCACCACUACGACCACCUUCACCACCUUUUCGUGUAUGUAUAGUCUUCUCUCUAGUUGAUCUCAACGCCCUUCUUGUUCCUCUGCGGCGGUGGCGCUCACAGUUUGAUCCAUUGAUUCCCUUUUCCCUUCCCAUCAACACAGAGUUCCGGAAGAGAGCAGAGGGAGGCAUAGGAAGGGGAAGGAGAGAUGUUCGGUGGGUUGUUGGGCGGGAAAUUCUCCAACAAAUGCAAGCACGCGGCGAAGUGCAUAAAGGCCAGGAUGGGGCCGAUCCGGAACCGGAAGCAGGCCUUGGUGAGAAUCGUCAGGAAGGAUGUCGCCAACCUCAUCGCCGCCGGCCAUGAAACGAAGGCGUUCGAAAAGAUCGAUCUACUCAUUGUUGAUAUAAACCACAUAUCUUGCUAUGACAUGAUCGAACAAUUCUGCGAAUAUAUCUUGAGUCAGCUGCCAAGCCUACAAAAGCAGAGGGACUGUCCCCCUGAAGCCAUGGAAACAAUAUCUACUCUAAUUUUUGCUGCGGCAAGAUUUUCAGAUUUGCCAGAGUUGUGCAAUCUCAGGCAUGCAUUUACAGAACGAUAUGGGAGCCAGAUGGAGUCAUGUGUAGAUGCUGAGUUUGUUGAGAAAUUUCAGAAGAAAUCAUUUCCAAAAGAGAAGAAGCUGCAGCUAAUGCAAAAUAUUGCUGAUGAGUUCUCUGUAAGAUGGGAUUCUAAGACACUCGGACACCAAUCACACAAUGCUAUGGCACAUGGCUCUACUCAACCUAAGGAUGUUGCACCUUCACAUACUGAAAAUAAUGGAGCGUCACCAGCGCAGGUUACGAUACAAGAAGCAAUACGAUCCAAGGGAAAAUAUGGCUCUAAUCCUAUUGGUGUUGUGCAAAGACAACAAGUGGCAAUGGAGUUGGAUAACAUCCAGGUGAUUUCAGCAAUGAGUAGUAGGCAAUCACAUGAUCCGGUGGAGAAGACACAAAAGGUGGUUGUUUCUCAUGAUAGAGUAGAUACCGAACCAUAUCAAACCAAGAAUGCAGCUCCAUCAUAUGUUAAACCAAGGAGAGAUCGUGAUGGAAUCCAUAAAGAUGAUCUUUCACGGAGUAGGGCAAAAAAGGUGCAAAAUGAGCUGGAUCCCAGUACAGAGAAGCCACAAGUUGGCUCAGUGAAAUCUUGGAAUGUAAAACCAGGCACUAUGGAUCUCCCAGACACAAAAUCAAAUGGUGAUGAAUACCAUGUGGAAGAAACAAGAAGACAUGGUAUAGUUCCUCCAUACACUAAGGUGAACGAGAUCAAGAAUGGGAACCAUGUGGAAGAAAGGAGUGGUAAUGUCCCGGAGUAUGAUAGCUUGCAAAGGCAUGAAGAAGGGUCGCAUCCUACUGGGACAGAAAAGCGUUCGGUCAGGCCAGCAACCAACAAUGGAAGAACAGCAUAUGUGAUUCCACCUUAUGUCAAGCCAAGAUUCAAUGAUGUAGAUACCAAUGCUGAUAAAACAGAUCGAAACACUGGUAUAAGUCUUGACAAGUCUGAUGGUACUGAAGAUGCGGAUCAUAGGAAUGAGCAAGUCGUUCAUGAUGAGAAGCCAAAGCCUGUUUCUGUGAGGAGGAAAUUCCAGAAGCCACCAGUCACUGAGACCAACGGGAGUACCAUUGAUGUUGAGAAGCCCACAAGCCAUGCCCCAGGUGGCCAAAGAAGAUACAAAAGCAGGCCGAGCACUAAUACUAAUGAUGAUAAUUAUGUUGAAGAAAAGGCUACAAUUAGAGAAUCAAGGCCUCCGAUUGAUGAUGAAAUGAGUAAUUCUAUAGAUUAUGGCAAACUCUUGCAUCGAGCACCGGAUGGACGAAGAAGACAUGGUGGUAGGCAUAUUGCUGCUGUGUAUGAUGAGGAAGAAAUGGUCAUGGAUAAUCUCUUGCUGCGCUACAGCAGGAAAGGGGCAGCCAAGGAACCCAGCAAGGAAAGAACGAGGGCCAGAACUCCUACGACGAAUCAUGUCGAUCCAGAUAGAGUUGAGAAUCCUGGUAAUGAUAAAAUUCAUCCUGUCCCGAGAGAAAAAGUGCCACCUCCGGAAAGGAUUCUCUCACUGCCAAUGGAACCAGUUACCCCAGCUAAAGUUAAGGAACCUGCUCGGGUUACUUCGAUGCAGCCUAGCGGCGGCCGACUGCAUCCAAAGCUGCCAGAAUAUGAUUAUUUUGCUGCACGACUUACUGAUCUAAAGAAGACUUGAAAACGCUGUCACAGGAGUGUUCUUACCUGCAGAUACAUACAUUGCCUUCUCAGCAAUAAAAGUAGGUAUCUGUUGCAACUUGCAAGACUUUUACUCUUCUCUGGUUCUCCUUAUUGCUUGAUUAUUCACAUUUGUAAAUACGAGUCACUUUAUGAUCUCCUUAUUCAUUCUUCCUCUUUUUCUUCUUUUGAUGUCAAGACCUCCCCCUUUUCCUCCCUCCAAUAUGCUUCUUGUUUUCAAGUUGGUGAAGAAAAACCAGCAAUGUAAAUGACGGCAGGCUUGUAACUUUCUCCUCAUCCGUGCUUGACGCUUA